AUGAUUUCUGGAAUCGCGCAUAUCAAUAUUACUAUCCCCGAGGAGACCUUGGAUCAAGCCCUGGAGUUUUAUGGCACUACGCUUGGGCUAGUCUCGGCGCCAGUACCUGAGCUGCAGAUCGGGACUAUUUUAUGGUUCAACCUUGGCUCCAGUGGCCAGCAAAUACAUGUUUCAGUCGGUGCUACUGAUCCCACCGCUACCCGGCAUCCAUGCUUCAAGCUCGAUACUCGCGAGGAACUUGAGGAGAUUAAGACAAGCAUCUAUGAUCAUCAUGUCCAGGGUGGUCCUGCGGCACCAAUGGCCGCUGAUAAACCUGGAGAGCAGAAUUCUGGGACUCAAGGAAAGGAGUAUCCCACUCGCUUCUUUGCCCGGGAUUUCGGUGGCAACUUGCUUGAAUUCACUAUGUAA